AUGAUGGACUUUCUAGAUGAGCUAACCAAGUUGAUCUCACCAUCACAACUGGAAGCUUCCAUUCCUGCGUCUCUGGCAGUGGCAGCCGCCAUUUGUUGGCUGGAUCCUUCCAAGACCGGAGCUGUCUUUUUUGGACUCAUGGCGCUUGGCUUUGUAUUCCGACGACCCCUCCUGGAACUCAUGACACGACCGAUAUCCCAACACAUUACCGAAGCCGCCACCAAAUCCUGGGAAGAUCUGGCACGAGAUCCCGAUCGCUUUGAUCGAUUACUAACGGCGUCCACCGAUGCUCUGAAGCGCGCCAUUGGAUCGGAACCACUGAGGGCUACACUCAAGGGGGCGAUUGUAGAAUCCAUGAAUGACCAAGAACUGGAAGGGGCCAUGCUGGACACAAUCAAUAAUGCCAUUGUCAAAUCAGCACAGGAUGAGCAACUCUUGACGGCUCUCAAGAGUGUAUCCAAACAGAGUUUAUUGGAAACUCUACGCGACAAAGAAUUCAUGACGCAAACCGUUUCGUCACUGGUCGAAGCCAUGCUGGAAGCAUCCAAAGAUGAAGGAUUGAAAAAAGCACUCAUGGAGAUUGCGACAGACUCCGUGUCAACGGCACUGCAGGAUGAAAAAUUUGUGUCCAUGGUUCGAAAAGUGUUGAAAGAUACUCUCAAAGAUAAAGACUUGUACCGUGCCAGUGCCGCUGGAGUGGUGGGUGCAUUCAUGCCAAAAACACUCUCCAAGACUAUAUCCAAGAGAUUGAAUCAAGACGACAAUAAGAAUGAUGAUCAAUGCUUGUCUUCAUGA